CUUUUGGCAACUUUCUUGCGUCACACUUGUGCUGUGUUCGUCCUAUCUACCAGAUCCCCAAUCUAAUCGAGAAAAAUGGCGCAGAAGCUUAACCUGCCUAGUCCCGCCGUCCCUCCGAAUGUAUACCGCUCUAGUUUCCCCUCCACUUUCACCUUCGGCGUCGCCACUUCCGCUUACCAGAUCGAAGGGGGCUGGAAUGAAGGUAAAAAAGGGCCAAGUAUAUGGGACAAGUUCACUCAUCUUGAAGGAAAAGUUCUUGAUGCAAGUAAUGGUGAUGUCGCUGUAGAUCAUUACCACAGAUAUAAGGAGGACGUUGAACUUAUAGGGACAUUAGGAUUCAGCGCUUACAGAUUUUCCAUUUCUUGGUCUCGCAUUUUCCCUGAUGGCUUAGGAACUGAAGUCAAUGAAGAAGGAGUUGCCUUCUACAAUAAUAUUAUCAAUUCACUUCUUGAAAAGGGUAUUGAGCCGUUUGUAACUCUGUACCAUUGGGAUCUCCCCUCACAUCUCCAGGAAUCAAUCGGAGGUUGGACAAAUAGGAAAAUUGUGGAUUAUUUUGGGCUCUAUGCAGAUGCUUGUUUUGCCAGUUUUGGUGAUAGAGUGAAGCACUGGAUCACACUGAACGAACCACUUCAGACCUCGGUGAAUGGACACUGUAUUGGGAUAUUCGCACCUGGGAGAAAAGAGAAGCCCUUGGUCGAACCUUAUUUGGUAUCACAUCAUCAAGUUUUGGCCCAUGCAACUGCCGUUUCCAUAUAUAGAAGCAAGUACAAGGAAAGUCAAGGCGGACAAAUCGGUUUGUCGGUUGAUUGUGAGUGGGCAGAGGCAAAUUCAGAGAAAAUGGAGGACAAGGUUGCUGCUGGUAGGCGAAUUGACUUUCAACUUGGCUGGUUCUUAGAUCCUUUGUUUUAUGGUGACUAUCCUGCAAGUAUGCGCCAGAAACUGGGAGAUAAUCUUCCUACGUUUACUCCAGAAGAAAAGGAGUUUAUGCUUCAGAACUCAUGGGACUUUCUUGGCCUAAACCACUACACUUCUAGGUUAAUUGCUCAUGUCUCAAACAAAGAAGCUGAGAGUGACUUUUACCAAGCACAAGAACUGGAAAGGAUUGUUGAAUGGGAAGAUGGAGAGCCAAUAGGUGAAAGGGCUGCUUCAGACUGGCUUUAUAUUGUGCCCUGGGGAAUCCGGAAGACUUUAAAUUACAUCAGCAAAAAAUACAACCACCCUCCAAUAUUUAUUACUGAGAAUGGCAUGGAUGAUGAAGAUGACGGAUCUGCUUCUAUGCAUGAGAUGCUAGACGAUAAGCGUAGAGUUGCCUACUUCAAGAGUUACCUUGCCAAUGUCGCUGAGGCUAUCAAAGACGGAGUAGACAUAAAGGGAUACUUUGCAUGGUCUUUGCUGGACAACUUUGAGUGGGCGCAAGGGUUCACCAAAAGGUUCGGUUUGGUAUAUGUGGAUUACAAGAACGGUUUGACCCGUCACCCAAAAUCUUCAGCUUAUUGGUUCAUGAAAUUCCUGAAAGGUGAUGAAGACAACAAAGGUAAAAAGGAUUAAAAAACCAGGAAGAAUAAAGCAAAAUCUAUGACUACAUUUACAUGAUUUGCGUUGUGUUGUUAUAAAUUUGUACCAAAUAGAUUAUUAUGAGCCAUAACAAACCAAAUUUCUUGGGUUGUUUUUUGGUUUCAAACUCAUAUUCUGACUAAGUUUAUCUUCUUCAUUAGA